AUGGAGCUUGACAGCGACAAUGAGCCCCUGAGGAAGAUUGCGUCGGGCGACCAAGUCGUAGCGGAAUCGUGGCCGGGCUUGCGAAACGACAUUCUCGCCCGGCUGGACAAGAUUGCCCAUGGCGCCUUCCCGAUACCCAAUCUCCCGCCUCCCGCUCCCCGGCCUCGCCUGCUCUCCCCCGUCUCGUCAUCGCCCCUCGAGCACUCGUCGCAAGAGGCCAACAAGGAGAACGCGCCCGCCGAGACAGCCGCGGCCCCGGAGCGGGACGAGCUGCCCGGGCAAAUCGCCGGCCAGCUGAGCGGCAUCAAGGCCAAGCUCGAGACGUUUACCGCCGACGCGCCGCACACGAUCCAACGGCUCGCCGAGCUGGUGCUCCAGCCCCGCGCCCACUACCGCGCGCUGGCGACGUAUCUCCACGCUGUCGAUCGCGUUGUUCAGGUCACCUCGGGCACGGGCAUGUACCCGCUCCCGCCGGCGGUACCAGACAUGUCGGCCAUGAACGGCGGCGGCGGCGGCGGCAGCGGCGACGAGGCUAGGGACCUGGCCGCGACGGUGACGUGGAGCAACCCGACGACGGCGUCGCUGGGGUCGGACGAGGCGCUCGGCGGGGCGCUGCUCACCCCGAUCCCCUGGCUGACGAGGAGGAGUCCCGAGAGCAACGGGGACGGCGCCGGGGCGCAGAUCCACAGCGAGGGCACCGAGACGAUCGAGGGCCCCAACGGUGUCGGCAGCAUCGAGACGGUGUCGGUCAGCGUCAACGGCGUGCCCUCGACCGGCCACGCGAGGGGCGUCACGCAGGGCGAGCUGCUCCGCCAGGAACAGCGCGCCGGCGUCGUCCCCGUCAGCCAGCUGUCGCGCAGCCAGGAAGCGCCAGGCGACGAGGACCGCAGCAUGGACGACGAAGGCGGCGGCUCCGGCAGCGGCGGGGGCGGCAGCAACGACGAGGAGAGCGAGACGCCCCAUGCCCGAGGCCCGGAGGAGAUUGGCGUCGACGACACGGGGCUCCAGGGCGUGUCGACGAGCUACUUUAGCGAAGACGGGGUGCAGAUGCAGGACAUCGACGUCGAGGCCGCAGUGGGCAGGAGACAUGACGAGGUCCCGCACCCGGCGCCGGCCCCUGCGGAUGGCGAGGACGUCGCUGGCCAAGACGCCGGGCCGGAGGCUGACGCGGUCGUGGGCGCCGGGGGCUCGCGGGCGAAGCGUGAGGCGGACCAGGGGCUCGAGGCCGAGGCUCCUAAGAAGGCCAAGGAGAGCGACGGCGCACACGGCGAGGCGGAGACGGGCGGUUCGCCGGCGGCGGCCGAGGCGACGGAUGCGGCCGAGGCAGAGUGCGGCGACGGGGAGGCUGGCGCUGGUGCUGUCGCUGCUCCCGCCGACGUCGACGACGCGGCGGACGCGAUGGAGGAGACAUGA